AUGUCAUUAUCAUGUGCUACUGAGGAUACUAGUAAAGAUGAUCAUAAGUCGUUAUUGUAUAAAACGUAUCGUUAUCGGUUUCGUACGCGUAAGGUUGAUGGCACUGAAACGUGGCGUUGUACUGACCGUAAUUGUUGUGCAUCAACAGUAGUCAACCAAACGACGUUAGCAGUUUUGGUGGAACGUGGGAACCGUGCAUAUGAAGAAGUCAAGGUUGAGCAUCCACUAGUACAGGAUUUAAAGCGAAAAGUUGAAGAUGAUAUUUCACCAAUACCACAUCAGUACGAAGGUGCCAUUCAUCAGAUGAAUGCAGCAGUUGAAUAUGUUCUCCUUUGA